AGAACCAAACGCACGCCUAAGGGGCUGUGGCACGCCUCACCUUAGGCGUGGCACGCAUAGGCUGGGAUCCAAACAGCCCCUUUAUCUCCCUCCCUGUAGCCAAAAACCAACGAAGGUUCCUUUUGGGAUUGAUCUCUUUGAGGCAUUGUGAUGUACUAAUAACAGUUCAGUUUCCAGGAUUCGUGUGAUUCAGUUGAACCCCUAUUCUCAUCGCCAGGAUAACGAAAGAAGAUCUGGGAAUAAUGAAUCGCCGUUUUGUGAAUCUGCUGGUCAGUAAAUCGGGCGACUGCCGCCCGGCCUUCAACCUGCAUCGCAUCAAUCCGGCGAGCUUAUUCUGCCCUACUAGAUCUCUAAAACCAGCAGAUCCAGCAGCAACAAAGAAGAAGACUCUGUCUCGGCUGCCUCCUGCGGCCAUAUCCUUCGAAUUGCCCUGCCCGUGGAAGAAGUUCGGGUGGAUGGAUUUCAUGGCCCGCAAGAACGACAUCAUUGCUGUCGACCAUGAGGGCCACACCCUCCUCUACAACGGCACGGUUGGCGCCCUCUGCGCCAUGAACAGGAUGGUAGACCCCUGUCACAGCUCAAUCUCCGUCGUUGUUGGGGACGAGCUGUAUGCCAUGGCCAUCAACCGUGGCCUGCUGCCCAAGGUGGACUAUUUUAAGGCUCUUACCUAUGGCCGCUCGUUCGGCCACUGCCAGCCAGAGGACUGGCACUGGCGCCCUCUCCAGCCGCCUCCCCUUGAAUACGACCACGAGAAGGAUCAACGCUACAACCCCACUGCGGCGCCUGUGACACACCCCUGUGCUAUUGGCGCAUACACGGUUGUUCGUGAUUCACAGAUCUGGAUAUCUACAACGGGCGCUGGCACGUACUCCUUUGACACAACUAGCGGCGUGUGGAGAAAGAUUGGCGAGUGGGCUCUGCCGUUCAAAGGUCACGCCAAGUAUGUUCCUGAGCACGGUCUCUGGUUUGGCUUCUCAGACAGUGAUGGUCAGCUCUGUGCUUCUGACCUCGAGCAGAUGCCGCCGGUGCAGCAGAAUGCGUGUGAAGACCUAGUCCUUCCUGUGCUGGAAGGUUGGAAUCCAACGGGGUCGCACCUCUUGGCGUUGGGAUCUGGUAAGUUAUGCAUCGUGAGCUUCUUCCAGAGAAUUAAGCGGGUGAGGCCGCGUCCGUCGACGUGCUAUUGGAGCUUCAAAAUUGAGAACGCUGCUGUUCUUGCUGGUGUGGAAGUUGUUGCCGCAGGUCCAGGAAUCCUCCGUAUGGUCAAGCACAAGUCCAAAUGUUAUCACUUCGGAGAUGAUAACGUGAAGCUGCUGUGAUAUUGCAGGCAUGCCAUCUUUAGAUUUGAAGACCCUGGUCUUAAAAAAAAGAGAAUCUUCCGGGCGAGUCUCUGUAUUGUGAUCCUACUUUGUCUGUGGAUGUGGUCUGUUUGUUGCGAGUUACUUACUCUUUAUUUCUAUAUAUGUGUAUUUAGCUGUGUGCGCCCGCAGCAGCGCUGGAAUCUGGGUUAAACCUUGACUGAUUGUAACAUUACCUCUGUGUCGCCCUUAACAGUGCUGGUAGGUUAAACUUUGA